CCUCUUCAGUCUGUCAGAAAGGUGCUCCAGUGUCGGAGGCUAGGCUACCCUCCUCUCGGAUCCCCCCCCCCUCUGUACGAGAGCCAGCCGCCGCCGCCGCCGUCUUACCCCCAAGGCUCCGGGCUCCCCCUCCUUCCACACACGGCUCCAAGCAUGGCAACCACCGCUACUUCCACCCGGUUCACCGACGAGUACCAGCUGUACGAGGAGCUCGGGAAGGGAGCUUUUUCAGUGGUGCGUAGGUGUGUGAAGAAGUCAUCAGGACAGGAAUAUGCUGCAAAAAUCAUCAACACUAAGAAGCUGUCUGCAAGAGAUCAUCAGAAGCUUGAGAGGGAGGCUCGUAUCUGCCGUCUCCUGAAGCACCCCAACAUCGUGAGACUGCAUGACAGCAUUUCAGAAGAGGGCUUUCAUUACCUAGUCUUUGACCUGGUGACGGGAGGAGAGCUUUUUGAAGACAUUGUAGCCAGAGAGUACUACAGCGAGGCCGACGCCAGUCAUUGCAUUAGUCAGAUCUUGGAGAGUGUCAAUCAUAUCCACCAGCAUGAUAUUGUGCACAGAGACCUCAAGCCCGAGAACCUGUUGUUGGCCAGUAAGAUGAAGGGAGCUGCCGUGAAGCUGGCAGAUUUUGGCCUCGCUAUCGAAGUGCAGGGAGACCAGCAGGCUUGGUUUGGGUUUGCAGGCACUCCUGGGUAUCUCUCCCCCGAGGUCCUGAGGAAGGACCCCUACGGCAAGCCUGUGGACAUAUGGGCGUGUGGUGAGUUUUUAAAUGGGAUAUUAAAGGUUUUUCAAACCUUCUUGUGUUAUUUCAGAGAGGUGGCUUUAAGUUCGUACAUAUACUUUCAUGCCUUAUUGACAUGUUUUAUCAUAUUUAAUGUAUUGUAUCUCUUCUUCUUCCCGUUUUAUUCCCUGUCAGGUGUUAUUCUGUAUAUCUUGUUAGUGGGAUACCCUCCCUUCUGGGAUGAAGAUCAACACAAACUCUAUCAGCAGAUCAAAGCUGGGGCGUACGAUUUCCCGUCCCCAGAGUGGGACACAGUGACUCCAGAGGCAAAGAACCUGAUCAACCAGAUGUUGACGAUUAAUCCAGCCAAGAGAAUCACUGCCGAACAGGCCCUCAAACACCCAUGGGUCUGCCACCGUUCUACAGUGGCGUCCAUGAUGCACAGACAGGAAACUGUCGAAUGUCUCCGCAAGUUCAACGCUCGCCGAAAACUCAAGGGAGCCAUUCUCACCACCAUGUUGGUGUCCAGAAACUUCUCAGUGGGCCGGCAGCAUACCAACUCUGCUGCUGCCGCCUCCUCCACGGCCUCACUGGCUCAGGAAGCGUGCAAAAGUUUACUCAACAAGAAGUCAGAUUCUGCUAAGCCUUCAACCAACAACAGUAAGAACAGUAUAGUGAGCGCCAUCAAUGCCCUGAAAGACACCAACAUGGCAACCAACGCCCAGAUGGAAUCUCAGAGCACGGUGGUGCACAACCCUCCCGAUGGAGUCAAGGGAUCAACGGAGAGCAACGCCACCAACGACGAGGAGGAAAUGAAAGGUAGGAAAGCGGACAGUUCGGCGCUGAGUCAGAGCAGCGCCAAUGAGGAGAUGCCCCCACUUCUGCCCUCACCUCAAAGCUCACCUGCCAUUCCACCGCAUGACGUAAAGCGCAUGGCAUGGAACAGCACAGGCAACAGCUCCUGCCCCGACUCUGAGCUCUCACAGUCCUCCAUGCCUGCCGCUCCGCUAGGGAGCAACACUGUCGCUGCUAAAAGCAACACUAAGCAGACUCGUAAACAGGAGAUCAUCAAGAUAACGGAGCAGCUGAUUGAAGCGAUCAACAACGGAGAUUUCGAUGCCUAUACGAGGAUUUGUGAUCCUGGUCUCACCUCGUUUGAACCCGAGGCCUUGGGAAACCUGGUGGAGGGAAUGGACUUCCACAAGUUCUACUUUGAAAACUUGCUGAGUAAGAACAGCAAGCCCGUGCACACCACCUUGCUCAACCCCCACGUGCACCUGAUCGGUGAGGACGCCGCGUGCAUCGCCUACAUCCGCCUCACGCAGUUUGUGGACUCCACGGGCCGCCCUCGCUCCAGCCAGUCGGAGGAGACCAGGGUCUGGCAUCGUCGCGAUGGCAAGUGGCUCAAUGUUCACUUCCACUGCUCAGGAGCACCUGCUGCACCACUACAGUGAUCAGUGGUCCUGAGCCUCCAGUCUACUGGAGUGUGUGUUUUGGGGGGCAGUUUUUUUCAGCGAGCGUGUUUAGAGGUUCGUCCUCUGCGUGGAUUGGCUAGUGCCAGGAGCCCGGCCGGGCGAGAUCGCAUCCCUCUCCACGAUACCAACCAAUCCUGUCCCUCCUUUGACCUGCUGGGGGCCGGCUGAACACAAGACACCGCCCCCUUGGGAUGAUGCAUGCAUCUGGCGCCUGAUUGGAGGGCGCGUCUUUGCCCUCUGUCCCUCCCCUGGCAGCCAUCUUUUUUCUGCCCGCGCGAGAUGAGACGUCUUGGGGGAGGAGAGGAUUUACAGUUGAACUUGUGACAGUUUAUGAGUAUGAGUUAUGAAUAUACUGUGUAAAUUAUGACUAGAUGUACCAGAAACCACCAAAACCCAACCAAGCAUUUAUAUUCACUAUCUAAUAAGGGACGAGCAGAGAGGAGUGUGAAGGGAGCAGCUGAGAUUUUGGACACGUUUAGGGAUUACCGGGUAGAAAGUGUUGCGCUCGCUACCUGGACAUUGAUGUUAAAGAUGUAGUGAGGUUUUCCCCCACCCGAUUUAAAGAGGGAAAAAUAAUCAAGUUGGCUCAGUCGGAGAACGCGACGACGAGAAACUUGACAUCAAAAACAUGAAGCACCAAAGUGUAGAACUUUAGGCUUUUUACGUGUUUGUGUUUUCGUUUGUGUGCUUGUUUUCCGAUAAAACGGAAAUCGUGUCGUUGUGGGAGUGGGGCGGGUGGGGGGCGUCUGAUUUGAUGUUUUGUUGUGUUUUUAGCGUCCUGAUGCGUUUCCUGUGAAUAACCGGAGCCUCUUGUGUUUUAUGUUCCGUUUCAUUCUAUUUUGUUUUUUAAUUCUUUGGGGCUGACUGAUGCUACAUCAUCAGAGGCUCCGUUUUAAAGCAUCUGAGUUUUUAAAAAGAGGGAUUUUAUCGUGCAAAUUUUGAGCUCACCCGUGCGUCCUGUUGUGUCUUUAUGCAGUGGACUGAGAGAAUGGGCCGGAAAGGCGUUUUUUGGUUGUUGUUUUUUUUUUUUUUUUGCAUGUUUGCCCGCUGCCUCUCCCUCAUCAUUUAACCCCUUUUCCCUUUUUAACUCCCACUCCGUCUCUCUGCUUUCUGCAAGGGCCUGGUUUGUUUAUAAUCACUGUGUAAAUACAGUGUAUGUAUAGAUAUAUGUAGAAAAGUGUAAUAUAUGUACAUGUAUCUAAGAGACACUCAUCCUGUGCAUCUGGGCUUGGGUACCACCCCAUGACCUCUGUGACACUCCCCACUAGUUUAAAGAGCAACAUUUUCCUCUGCAGUUUCUCCACCUUAAAAAAAAAAAAAAAAAAGAAAUACUUCCUUAAAACCCCGGUAGCUCUCGGGGUUAUUCACUCCUCCUGACGGCUACCAGCUCCUAGUCCCAUGGCCGUACGACUGUUUUUGAAGAUGGGGAAUAAAAGAAACAAUAAAAAAAAAAAAAGAUAUUUGAACCCCCUCAGCCGGGCGGAUUUAAAGACGUGUCCUUAACUUCUGAUCCCACAAUGCUGUGAGUUUUCAUAUCAUAUGCACAAACACACACACACACACAUGCCUGCUGGUGUGUUGAGGCUUUGUAACAUAUAUCUGCAUAUCUGCCGUUGUGUGACCUCGGCUUAAUCGUCUCCAUCCAUUCACCCCCCACCCUCGACGGUCGUAUCUUAAACCCCUCCUCCCCUUGAACCCUCUUGAGAUGUUUAUUUGUUGUUGUUGUUUUUUUUGUUUUGUUUUUGUUUUUUUCUUGUUCCUGUGUUACUGUUUUUUCGUUGUCGUCGCCGUUGUUGUCGUUUUUUGGUAAUUUGCCGAUCUGCCAAGCUGGAGUUCUGCACUCUCCCUCACACAUAUACAAAAAAAAAAAAGUAAAUAAAUAAAAGGGAAAAAGAGGGAGGACAACACAAAAAUUAAAGAUAUUGAUCAGGAUUAAAUUAUUUGUUAAUCUACCCUCGGUGGUUUUAAAUCGUGCCUGCUCAGUUGAGAGGAAGGUGUUUUAUGAAGGAGACGAGCGUUGGUGUGGGUGUGCAGGUUCUUCACGACCUCCACUGUUGUGAUGAUCCAGAGCGGGAGACCUAGUUAUAUGCAUGUUUCAGUUACACAUUUCUACCAUGUACCUACCUGAGUAAGGAUGGAGCCUAGUGUUAAUAUAUAUUUGCAUCUUUUGAAAUUUCCUCCAUCCAGAAUGUUGAAUAGGUGACAUGAAAAAUAUAUUUAAAAAAAUGCAAAAUUUUAAAAAUAAAAUAAAAAAAAUAAUGAUUUAAAAAAAAAAAAAGGAUUCAGGAGCCGUAGCUUGGUAUGAGGCCCUCGAUGUUAGCGUUUUCCCUGCGUUGUAAUGAUAUACUAUUUGGGCUGCGCUUUCUCCUCCCCCAGCCUUCACGUGGAUGCUGGAGUUUUUUUGCAUGAUCAUGAUGUACAAUGAAAUACAACCAUGAAUUGACGACUAUCAAGUGUUUGUCUGAGUGUUAGUUGGUCUUCAUCAUAGCUUUGUUAUUCUUCAAACUUGGAUCUUGAAAGUAUUUAAUAAAAAUACUAUUUCAGCACUG